AUGGACUUUGCGCUGGUGAGCAACGGCUCGCCCGCGCAUCGAGCGCGCGCCGAACAGGCGCCGGCGCGGGCACAGCGCGGCUCGAGCCCCGGCAGGGCCAUUCGAGGUCAAUCCGCCCAUGGCACGUCAUCGCCGCCUCCGCUUGACCCGAGCGAGGACACUCUCGAAGAUGAGGACAUGCCCGGAACGAGCUAUUCGGCCCGCAAAAUCGAGGAGAAGCGCAAGAAGAAGCUGCGCGUCACAUUCGAUCUGCCUUCUUCCGGAAGCGUGGAGUCCGUCUUGCCGUCGCCGCAAAAGCUGCAGCAGUCGAGCAGCGCGGCCGCGCAACUCGCUGAAGACGCGCGUCUCCACGACGAAGCCGACGAAUUUGCGCAGGCCAUCCACGAGCUGACGGCCGAAAAUGAGCAUCUGCGAAACGUCGUCGAAGAGCAGCGCGCCCAGCUCGCCGCUCAGCAGUCCCGGCUCGCUGACUCCGAAGACCAAGCCACCCGCGUGCAAAAGGACAACAAGAGCGCGGUGGCGAAGGCGCGCGUCGUCGCCCAGGCGCGCAUCAAGGACCUCGAGGACAAGAUGGCCGACCUCAACCGCACUUUCUCAAAUCAGGUCGAAACGCUUCAAGUCGAAAACGAGACCCUGCGAAGUAGCCGUGAAUGGGAAGUGGAAGAGAAUGCGAGAAUGAGGGAGCGGUUGGCGAAAACGAUGGAGAAAAACGCGAAACUGCACAGCGAAGUCGAGGCGGCACUGGUGACCAACUGCGAGCUCGAGCGCAAAAUGAUCAGUGAGCAGGAGGUGAUGAAAUGCAUGAUGGAGGACCUCGAAGAUGCCGAGCGCAUCAUCGUCCAGCAGGAGGACGAGAAGACGCAGAUGGCCGAGGAUAUUGAGUUGAUGAGAGGCGCGAUCAUCGCCCAGGAGCAGUUCAUCGAGGUGCUCGAGGCCGACAUCGUCAUCUACGAGGAGCACAUCGGAAUUUUGAGAGAGUCACUUGGCGCUAGCAAGGUGGACCAUCGUGACCUCAUCCGCUCCAAGGCCUUCGAGGCAAAACUGAAGGCGCUCGAGGAAGAGAAGCAGGAGAUUGCACGCACCCGGCAUGUCCGUAGUUCA